UGUAGACUUCAGCGCGUAGACCGACGCCGUGGGGUUGUUAUGAGGCGCCAUGGCGUGGUGUGACCGUGGGGUUCAGAUGCUGCUGACCACCGUGGGCGCCUUCGCCGCCUUCAGCCUCAUGACCAUCGCCAUCGGCACGGACUACUGGCUCUACUCGCGCGCCUACAUCUGCAACGCCACGAACAUCAGCACGGACGAGAGCCAGAGCCAAGCCAAGAAGACCAAAGGAGACCUCACGCACUCCGGGCUUUGGAGGAUCUGCUGCAUUGAAGGAAUCAACAGAGGGAGCUGCUACCGGAUCAAUCACUUCCCAGAAGACAACGACUACGACACCGACAGCUCGGAGUACCUUCUGCGUAUUGUCCGGGCAUCCAGCGUGUUCCCCAUCCUCAGCACCAUCCUGCUGCUUCUGGGUGGUCUCUGUGUGGGGGUGGGCCGCAUAUACAGUGGAAAGAAUAACAUCGUACUCAGCGGUGGCAUCCUCUUUGUGGCAGCAGGCCUGAGCAACAUCAUUGGCAUCAUUGUUUACAUCUCCAGCAAUGCGGGAGACCCAAGCGACAAGAAAGACGAGGACAAGAAGAACCAGUACAACUAUGGCUGGUCCUUCUACUUUGGGGCGCUGUCCUUCAUCGUGGCCGAGUCCAUCGGAGUCCUGGCCGUCAACAUAUACAUUGAGAAGAACAAGGAGGUGCGCUUCAAAGCGCAGAGGGAGUUCAUCAAGGCCGCCUCCUCGUCCUCCCCAUACGCCCGCAUGCCCAGCUACCGCUACCGGCGGAGGCGCUCCCGCUCCAGCUCCCGCUCCACAGACCCCUCGCGGGACACUUCCCCUGUGGGGCUCAAGAUGGUGAGUGCCAUGCCUGUGGGCGAGAUCUCCAUGUACACGCUGACCAGGGAGCAGCUCAAACCCGGCACUGGGGCUUCCUACAGUCCCGACCACGACCCCAGCUUCCUGCAGGUCCAUAACUGCUUCCCGAAGGAUCUCAAGGAAGGCAUCAACAGGAGGACCACCCCAGUAUGA